CAGAAACAGCUCCUCAGAAUUAAGCAACCCCACACGUACUGCACAGAUCGGAAAAAACGGGCCGGCACGCACUAUUCGGUAUCCUCUAGUUGCCCGCAAUGCCCAGGAAGGCCGCAGUGGUAAAGAACCGUAUUGAGUCCAGCUCGACCGUCGAGUCGGACGCUACGCAUGAACCUUCACUGGACGCUCAGGUGGACAAUGGACACGAAGAGAUUACACCGACUGGCCCCAGGCGGUCUGUGAGAGCUCGCGUGAGUAAGAGCUUAUCGUCAGGCGCCUCACUCGGGAGCCCGGCUCCAAAACCAGCAGUUAAAGUUCCGAAGAAGGUUACAAACGCAGAAAACGGAGGCUCCUCUCUAUCACUCUCUGGAAGCGAUUCAGGCCUCUCCGAAGUGGAAGUUUCCGAAGACGAUAUUGUAGACUCGAGUGACGAUGAGGUCGCAAAGCCAACAUCCAAGUCUCGCAACACCAAAAGCAAUGCAGCCACCCGUGCAAACACGCCAAAGCCUAAGAAACCUAGAGUGUCCAAAAAGAAAACAACGGCCGUUCCACCCGAGGGCUCGCUUUUCGACAUUGUCUCGAAUCAUGAGGAUGCCAUUGAGGCGCAGAUAUCAGAUUGGAUCGCUGACUACAACGAGAAUAAAGUAACGGCAAUGGUUGAAUUGAUCAAUUUCUUGAUCGAGUCAUGUGGAUGCUCUGGACGCGUAGAUGCAUCGGUUUUCGAGGACCAGGAUAGCAUUACCGAGCGGCUUACGGAGUUGCAGGAGCAAAUCGAGGCUCAACCACAUUCCGAAUAUCCGAUUGUGGCGAAAGGACGUGGACGGGGAGGGAACAAGUUCCGCAAGCAUUUUGGCGACUUCUGGUCCAAAUGGAUAAGCCGGCUGAAGCACAACUUUUUGUUUGGAGACGAUGGAUGGUGCUUCGAGACGGUCGUCGUAUGGCUAGUUGCCAUGAGCUCGUCGGUGUUCAGACCAUUCCGACACACGGCGACUGCCACCGCCUUAGUGUUACUGACGGGCUUGUGCGACAUCGGGAAGCAGAUACUGGACGAGUUGACGGUAGCGAAAAGACAGUUGGCUGCGGAGACAAAGACCGCGAAAUCGAGGGUUACCCCGAAGCAACAGCAAUUGGAUGGCAGGGUGCAGACGCUGCACGACAAGAAAGUGAAGGUGGAGACCUUCAUGGACGAUCUUUUCGACAGUGUGUUUGUGCACAGAUAUAGGGACAGCGAAGCGAUUAUUCGGAUGGAAUGCAUCCGAGAACUUGGCUCCUGGAUAUUGCACUUGCCAGAAACGUAUCUGAGCCCUCAGUACCUCCGUUAUCUUGGCUGGAUGUUGUCAGACAAGAAUGGGCAAGUACGCCUCGAGGCGCUGAGCUCCCUAUCCCGACUCUACGCAGUGGAAUCCAUGGUCUCGGGUCUCCGCGAGUUCACCGAACGCUUCAAGCCCAGAAUCAUGCAAAUGGCCAUCCGCGAAGCCGAUCUACAAGUGCGCUCUCAAGCGGUGCAUUGCGUCACGUUCAUCUCCCAGUCCGGAUUCUUGGAAGACGACGACACCCGUUCCCUGAUGCCCUUGAUAUUCGACGAAGAUGCCAAGAUCCGCGUUGGAUUGUCAAAGCUGGUUCAAGAGAUUUACACUGAGGAGUACUUGCAGGCCAAGAAAGAUGAGCUGCGGACUCUGGGGGACAAUGCCGUGCCUAUCGGCGCGCAGGACAAAUGGGUCGAGAUCAAAGCGCUUUGCAGCAUGUUUGUCGAGUUUGGGGAGAUGCUGGCGGAAAAUGAGAAGGAAGUCCAAAAACAGCAAUCGCCGGGUGCCGCUUCAGCAACGCAGACCCAGUCACAGAGCUUAGUUUAUGCCACGGAAUCCCAGCAGCUAAUGAGCCAGGAGGGCGACGACGAUGACUUGACUGAGGAGGAAUUGGAAGAGCGAGCCCAGCGGCUAGCAGACCUGAAAGGGUUCCUUCAAUGGGUCUGCAAGGACGACACCGGCAGCGCCGCUGGACCCGACGCUAUCGGGUAUAAGAAAGUGGAAGCGGCCGUUGCGGCUCUGUGGAACCAUAUUGACGUGGUGCAGGAUUGGCAGGGGAUGUGCGAAUACCUUUCUCACGAUCUCACCAAAGGCACUGGCGAUACGCAAUCACAGAACUUGGAUUCAACGCAACACCCAUUGCAGCUCACCGAUAACGAGGAGACGUGUCUCGUGUACCUCAUCAACGCCGUCAUUUCGCGAUUCCUCCAAAUCCAUGCCGACGAAGCCGCUACCGGGACGAAGAAGAAGGCAGCCGGGGACAAAGAGGACUCGAGGAGUGAAGUCAGCCGCGGGUUAAUCAAGCAUUUGCCCAAUAUGAUAAACAAGUAUGGGUUUGAUUACACGAGUGGCGGGCAGAAGCGGGCUGCUGAGAUUGCGAUCCUGGUGCGACAUGUGGAUGUGGGAUUGUACCUUGAGAUGCGGAUGCUAAAGGCGUACGACAGCAUGUUUGAUAGCGUCAAGAAGUUGUUCAUGAAGCAGUUCAGCAGGGAAGUCCUGACCGAAUGCGCGCAGACCCUCCGACAUCUUUCCGGUGAAGGUAGCGGGGAUGGACUGGACACGAACGGCAGCAGCGUCCUGCAAAACGGAACCGAUGACGCGGCUGCCGCUAGCGUCCGCAACUCUGCUACACAGAAGGUCGAAGAGCUGGCAGAAGACGUCAUCAACAACCAACUCGCCGAGGCCCUCCGGACCCUUGAAACCGCCAUGAGCGACCAGGUCGAGGUCGGCAUGGACACUCUCUACUCCCUCCGCAACUCCCUCCGCCGCGCUUCCCAGCUCUCGAAAGUGAUGGGGCUAGGCGGCAUGACGAAGUUGUUUGAAGCCAAGAACGAUUCGGAAUGGCGGGGUCUGUUUGACUUGCUGCAUGCUGUGCUCAACGUCUGCCUGGCUGCUGCGACCAAGCAGCCGAUGGUGGAUAAGACCGCGGAGGAUGGGGAGAAUCUUAACCUGGUUUUGGACGAUAUCCUUGAAACCGCUCUCAAUGUCAUGUGCUACGAUGUUGGGUGGGAGUUGCGGGAGGCGUUCAGCAAAGCUGUCGCUGCCACGGAUGAGGAUGGAGACCAGGAGGAAACGGAUAAAGCUAUUCCACCCGUCGAGCCCGGCCUGGCAAAGGAUCUCCUCUGCGGCCACGAAGAGAAAAGCAGCAAACUCCUCCCGCUCGCGGAAGCCAUCGUCGCCGGCAGUGAGGAAAUGAUCAACUUCAGCAUCGGCGUCCGCUUAACCGCGUUCCAGGUCCUCACCUACAUGUACCGCAUGGUGAACGGCGACGCCGCGUUUGCCUUCCCGCAGAUCCGUAAACUACCCCCGGACGACGUUCAAGCCGCUUCGGUCGCGUUGAUUGGCGGUGUUGCGGAUGCGUUGUGCAGGGAUGCGCGUGCUUUGUACCUCAACGACGUGAACGCAAAGGAGGCAGGGUUUCCGGUCCUCAACGAGGUGCAGAAGGAAACCGCCCGUUUUGAAAUGUCCCGAUUCGCCGCUGCGUUGUCGGAGCUGCUGUUGAUGGGCUCGUAUGACCCGCAGCAUGCAGUGGUGCUCUGCAAGUACUAUGGCCUGGAAGAUUCGGACGCGCAGUUGGCGGCCAUGCAGCCGUUUGGGACGCUUUGGAAUGGGGUGACUGAUGUGUGCUUGAAGCAUUUGUUGGUGGAUCAGAUGGCAGAUGCUGUGGGGGAGGUUUUGGAGAAGGGGGAGGAGUCGAAGCAGGGGAGGUUGAAGAAGUUUAGGGCGACUGUUAGGGGUAUGGCUGAUGUUGUUUUCGACGGGCUUGUUCAGGCGACGGAUCUCUACCUCCGCUCGAUCGUCGCUACACCCGACAACGCCCUCACCCUCGCCAAAGUCCUCAUCACGCACCUCAAAACCUGGCUCUCCACCGUCAAAAGCACCGCCGAUCUCAAAACCACCCAUGGCAUCGUAGUCGAGACCCUCCUGGGCCUUCUCAAACGCGGCGGCGACGAAAUGAUUCUCCGCGUGCAGGAAUGGGGUGUUGUCCAUGAAGGCGUCGAAAGGGACGACAUGGACUUUGUGAGGCCAAGGGAUGUUAGGGCAGAGUUGGGAAAGGUUAAUGAGGCGUGGAAGGUUUGGGGCGCCAUUGGGGGGGCUGUGCAGCAGAUUGUGCUCGAGUUGGGGAUGUUGAAGCGGCCGAAGGCGGAUAAGGAUGAGGAGACUAUUGAUAAUGUUGAGGAUGUCGUCGGUCAUAUCUCGUCCAGCCUCCUGGAGAAAGGGUUCAAACCUGUUGAGACGGAUAAGGAAUGGGCUGGGUACUGGACGUUUGUGAAGGCCUUGGAAAAAGGUGACUCCACUGUGCGCCGGCGAGGUCGCAAAGCCAAGGUUGUUGCGAGUAGAGACAACUCCCCAGCGCGAAAGGCAAAAGGCAAACGUGGCCGACCCGCCGCGAAGAAGAAAACUGUCAAGCAAGCUGCGCAGGACGAUGAAGACACCGAAACAGGCACACGCCCAAAUAAGAAGGCCAAACGUGGCCGACCCUCCGCCAAGAAACUGACCAAACAAAAAGACAAUGAAGAAGACGACGAAGACGACGCGGGUACACCGGCAAGAGCUCCACAACGUCGUUCUGCACGGGCCUCUGUGAGUGCCAAGAAGAACUACAGGGAAGCGGAGGACGAGGAAGCGGAGGAGGAAGAAGUGCUCGAGGCCUCCGGGUCCGAGCCUGCAGAUGGAGGCGGCGCGUUGGCGGGAGGGUUGGAUGUAACGUUGGACACAUCGGAUAUUUUCAAAGGGAUGCCGAACGCCAUGUCAACGCCUUUGUCGACGUAUAAGCAUCGACACAAUCCCAACUCUGCCCGGUCGGUCGGAAGCCGUCUCUCGUCGGUACACGUUCAGGAUGAUAUCGACGAUGAGGAGGAGGAGGAUGAUGAGCCGACGCCGAAAGCCAAGCCUGUGAAGACUGGAAAGGCCGCCGGACCGAAAGCGAAAAAACCUCCACCCCCACCACCAUCCGAUGACGACAUCUCAGACGAAGAUUCCGCAGACCCCACCACCGACGGGAAGCAGACCGAGAACCGCGCAUUCCGUCCAGUCGCUGCAGCACGCGUACCCGCCAAACGGACACGCAGCGACACGCAAACACCUCCACCGCGGAACCGUCGCGGCGCGGCAGGCGUGGAUACGGGAAGUUCAGGCGAUAAGGAGAACACGAAUGGGGACGAGUCGGAAACCGGGUUCGUUAGCUCGCCGGAGAUCAGGGGGCCCAAGAAGAGGAUCCGCAUUUGAAACUUGCAAGCGAGGAUGGGGUUCCAUAUUGUGUAUCGUAUGGUGGCUUUACGCUACCCUUGCUGCUUUUGUGAAUAUUGUGUUUUGAACACAGUAUGGUAUCCUUUUUUCUUCGCUGGUUUUGGCCUCGUUGGGGCUUUGCUCUACGUACCACUUUGUAUCAUAUCAUUUUUCGAGUUUGCUCUGGCAAACUCAAUCCAAUAGACUGCUUUUCCGUUUGCCUUUCAAUGGGGGUCAUCCA